AUGGGUAAAGGCGAACAUAAUACACGCAUUGGUGUUAAUCUUAAUCAAAACUUGAACACAGCACCAUUACCAACUCAACAUCGAUUGCCAACAUUAUCUGAAAUAAAAGUUAAACUCCCGGCUCAUUGCUUUCGCCCAACUGUAGUUCAGUCGAUGAGCUAUGUCAUCAAAGAUAUUAUCUUCGUUGUCGCAGCAGGUUUACUCAUGUAUCAAAUAGAAAACUUAUUUAAAUACGGAUUUUUAUUUUUCCCUAUCUAUUGGUAUAUACAAGGAACUCUUUAUACAUCUCUUUUUGUUCUUGGACAUGAUUGUGGACAUGGUAGUUUUAGUUUUUAUCCAUUACUGAACGAUAUCGUCGGUACCAUACUACACACAUGGAUUUUAGCACCUUAUUAUACAUGGAAGCUUACACACAAUAAACAUCAUAAAAAUACAAAUAAUAUAGACAAAGACGAAGUUUUUUAUCCACAACGUGGUGAAACAUAUCGCCCUUCAUUUAAGGAUGAUCUUUUAUUCUGGUUACCAGGUCUCGGUUGGUUUUACUAUUUAUUAUGUGGAUACUCGCCAAGAUCAAUUAAUCAUUUUAAUCCAUUUGAAGCAUUAUUCUAUAAUAAAAAUUCAGUUGGUGUGUGUCUAUCGCUUGUUUCAUAUAUAGGAAUGUGCUAUUUGAUGUAUGCCUAUGCAAUAUCCUUUGGUGUCAUUAAUUUACUUACUUAUCAUCUUAUACCAGUAUUCAUAUUUGCAUGCUAUAUGGUUAUUAUAACCAUGUUACAUCAUACAGAAAUUGAUGUACCUUGGUAUGGCGAUUCGGAAUGGAAUAAUGUUAAAGGACAAUUGUCAACUGUUGAUCGUGAUUAUGGUCAUGUUCAUUCAAUCAUUCAUUCAAUUGGUACACAUCAAAUCCAUCAUCUAUUUACAAAAGUACCGCACUAUUAUUUAGAAGAAGCAACGGAACAUUUCCGAAAAGCAUUUCCUGAUCUUGUUCGAAUCAAUGAAGAAUCAGUUUUAGCUUCGUUUGCUCGCAUGUUUAGAAUAUUUAUGAAACAACGAGCUAUUGAACAAGAUGUACGUGUAUUUACGUAUUCGCCAGAUAAAACUGACAACAAGAAAAAAACUUCAUAG